AUGACAAAGCUCUUUGCUCUUCUUCUUCUUCUCCCACAAUCUGGUAUCCUAAAAUUCAAAUCCAUUUUAAUUUUGUUCGUCCUUCAAGCCUGCAAAUUGCCAGAAAUUACCUUCGUUUCUCUCCCUCCGUAGCCCAUUCAGCCGACCAAAUCGAACUUAUUUCCCGGAUGAGGAGUUCUUGAAAUUUAUGGUUCCAGUUCACUGGCAUCAAUCGUUUUAUUUAGAUCUUCAGGUUGCAUAUAGAGAUGGAUAUCAUAUCUCAGCUGCAAGAACAGGUCAACACAAUUGCGGGACUAGCUUUUAAUACCUUCGGGACACUUCAGAGGGAUGCAGCUCCGGUUAGGCUGUCGCCUGAUUAUGUUGAACCACCUGCUAAUGGUAAUCCACCAGCCUCUGCCGCAGAAGAUGCAGCGGCAGCCAAUAAUCCAGCUGAGCAACCUAAGCUUAUGAGUGCUGAACUUGUCAAGGCUGCCAAGCAGUUUGAUUUAUUGGUUGCUGCUCUUCCAUUAGGAGAAGGUGAAGAAGCUCAGUUGAAAAGGAUUGCAGAACUCCAGGCUGAGAAUGAUGCUGUUGGCCAAGAGCUUCAAAAACAGUUGGAAGAAGCCGAGAAGGAGCUAAAGCAAGUGCAAGAACUGUUCAACCAAGCAACUAAUAACUGCCUCAACUCUAAGAAACCUGAUUAGGCGCAAGAAAAGUUAUCGGCUGUCCUAGGGUUUUAGCCAAUCUCUGGCCUAGGGUCAGGUGUCUUGUCCCGGUGAAUUCCUAUGGAUCCUAUGGAAGAUCACACUCUGGCCAUUUGAGGUUAGAGUUGUUAGAUUCUGAUUUUGUUCACGGUUAGUAUGUUGAAUUUUGAAUAUUACUAAUAGUUAGCAUCUGAUGCAUAAUAAUUCUUGUGAUAUGACAUAAUUAUCUCUAAAUAAAAAGCACUAAUCGCUUGCUAUGGCACUGACAAAUUAGCCCGGCAAAAGAAACCAGCGAUGGUAAAUAUAACUCGGGGACACGGGAAAAACUAGCAGCUUAAUAGGAAAACUGGACAUUCAAAACUUAAAGCGGAUGAAGGAA